ACGUCGGUUAGCUGCAGGUAAAUAAUCAUGGCGACCCCUUCUCGCCAACAAAUCGACGUAAAACUUGCCACCAAUUUUCAAAAAUACGAUAAUGACAAAGCAAAUGACAGGUUCCAAGUAUACAAUACAACAUCCAAAAACCGCGGAGUUGUGAAAAUUAUCAACAUAUAUAAAACAAAUCAUGAUGAUCCAGAAGACCAUUGUAGAAAAGGCUCGGAAAUUGAUGUUCGUAAUUUGGUAUCCCUAUUCGCGCAAAUGGGAUUUACCAUUGAUAUGGAUAAAAAUACCAAAACACGAUCACCAUAUACAAAACAGGAUAUCAUCGAUAUUUUGACUGCAUUCGUUAAAAACGAAACAUUAAAAACCGCCGAUAUAGCGAUGUUAUUUAUCAUGGGCCACGGUGGCAGAUAUUCAAACAAAGAUAUCAUCCACUUAGCCAAUAACGAAGAAUUUAAUAUUGAAGAGGUAAUUGAAUACUUCAACAACUCCAAAUGCAAAUAUAUGCAAAACAAACCAAAACUGAUCUUUUUUCAAAUGUGUAGGGGGGAUGUAUCAGACUUGGGUGUGUCUACUAUACAAACAGACUGUAUUCGUCGUCAAGUAAACCCAAUUAGGAAAGAUAUAAUACCAAGCUUCACCGACUUGCUUAUUAUCAAUUCCACAGUUCCUGGCUUUAGGGCACUGAGAUGUACAAUGGGGGGAAGUAUAUUCAUACAGAAAUUGUGUGAGCAAUUUAUGACAGCAGCUCAUGAAGACGAUGUCCAAACAUUGCUGGUUGCGGUAAACAAAAAGGUUUCCAAAGAGACUUUUUAUGUGGAAUCGAACCAUAUUGUGCAAUCGGCUGAACACACUAACAGAACAUUUGGAAAAUGUUAUCUUAAUCCUGGCAUAUAUCGAGAUGAUAAUGGGGUGGUUAGAUAUAUUAAAACAGACCAGCCUGUGCAACAAGACAAUGUUGCUCACAAAGCGAACACAGCAAAUAUUUCUGCUAGGAAUACAAAAAAACCACAACCUGGAGCUAAUAAAGUGGUUGGGAAAGAUUCUGCUACAAAUAGCAGGGAAAUGCGUACAAAUAACAAAGAACCUAAGCAACCUGCAUUCCAAAAAAAGUCGCAAUUUGGAGCUAAUGAAGUGGUUCGGCCACAUUCUGCAACAUAUAGUUGGGAAUCGCGUACAAACAGAGAACCUAUGCAACCUGCAUUCCAAAAAAAGCUACAACCUGGAGCUAAUGAAGCAGUUAGACCCCAAGUUAAUGUUGAUUACGAAGCAAACGAAACAAAUGUUUCUGAUGAAAAUAGUGGAGAAAUGCUAACAAACGUAGGAGCUUCUGAGCCAGUUGUAAGCAGAAAAGAACUACCAUCUGAGACCAAGGAACGUGGUGGUGCUGGUGAUCCUUCACCAGCUGGAGGGGAAGAAAGUAAUAGUAGAGAGGGGAGUGAUAAUGAAAGAGAUGGAGAAUGUCUAAAUGAUGAUAAAAAAGAAAGUGAUAAAAAAGAACAAAAAGACGACAGCGAAGGCCAUUAUUUAAUCGUUGAUUUAUAUUACGAGUAUUGAGUACCUAAUAUAUUUUAUAAUCACUGAGUUUCGUUAAUAAAUAGACUAGUAUUAGAUUUAAAAAAAUCUACAUUUUAAUAUUGUUCAAAUGAAAAAGUGCUCUUAAUAAACUCUAAAAAUAAACGACAACAA